UGUUAUUUCAAACAUUACAAUUCAUAAAUGUUUUAAAAAAACUAAUAGUUCAGCCCAACAACCGUCUUUGUCGUUCAACAAAUUCACUGUUUAUAAGUUUUCGUAUCUGUUUUCUAAGGACGUGUCCCUUCCAUAUUUUAUUAUUUAUGUGAACUUGAACUAUGGAUAUUCAUUUUUAUGUGCACUUGAAUGACAUUUUAAUUAUCCAAAUACCGAUUUUGUUUUGUAACAUAUGAUCUAUAGUCAUAUUUAUAAUAAUUGAUUAUUCAAACACUUAAUAUCAUAAAUAAUCAAGUUAGUUUUUUGUGUAUUGGGCUUACAGACGUUCUCUAAUAUAUUACAAAAAACAAUACGAGACUUACAAAACUAGUUUGUGUGUAUAGACUAUUUUAGAAUUAUCUUUAAUUUUAAUUAAUAUUAAGUAUUUGUAAUAGAUGUAUGUUUGAAACAUUUAACUAAAGAGUAAUGGAUUACUUGCAACAAGGUUGGUUCACAGAGUCAGAUACAUGGCCAGGUGCUGGAAUUUCAUUGCAAGUGGAAAAAAUAUUGCAUAAAGAGAAGUCUCAGUAUCAAGAAAUAAUGGUAUUGCAAACGUAAGUACUUAACUGUUAUCUAUACAUAUAACAGUAAUACUAUUGAUAUUUAUAUUAAAUUAUAAUUUAUUCGUGUUCAUAGUAAGUCAUUUGGAAAAGCAUUGGUUUUGGAUAAUAUUAUUCAGUGCACAGAAUAUGAUGAAUUUUCAUACCAAGAAAUGAUAAGUUUCUUACCACUUUGUAGUCAUCCUAAUCCAGAAAGAGUUUUGGUAGUUGGUGGUGGCGAUGGUGGUGUAGCUCGUGAAGCUGUUAAACAUCCACAAGUACGAAGUGUUGAUGUUGUUGAAAUUGAUGAACGAGUUGUUAAACUUUCUGAAAAAUAUUUGCCAUUUAUGACGUGUGGAUUUCAACAUGAGAAAGUUACUUUACAUAUAGAAGAUGGGUUUGAAUUUAUGAAAAAUAAUGUUCAACAAUUUGACAUCAUUAUCACAGAUUCCUCAGAUCCAGUUGGUAAGUAUAUUGAAUAAUAAUAUUUAAAUGUGUUACAUAAUUGUGCAAUUUAUAUUUUUUUUAGGUCCAAACGAAACAUUAUUUCAAAAAACAUAUAUUGAAUCGUUGAAAAAAUCUUUAAAACCUGGAGGAAUUAUAUGUUCUCAAGCUGGAUCAAUUUGGAUAAAAGAAGAUCAGGACACAAUGAUCAGACUAUCUAAAGAUUGUUCAGCAAACUUUAAAAAGGUGACAUUAGCCACCAUGUCUAUUGCAUCCUAUCCAACUGGCAACAUCAGUUUUAUUAUGGCUACAGAUAAUGAGGUUUAAAAAACAUUUAUUAGAACAUUAUAAAAUGUAUAAUAUUGUUUAUUUAAUGUACGAUUUCAGCUAGUCAAUUUCAAAGUACCUGCUUACAACUUCACAACAGAAGAAUUAGAUAAACAUAAACUUAAGUAUUACUCGCCAGAUGUACAUUCAGCUGCAUUUAGUAUUCCUAGAUUUGCUCGAAAGGCUAUUCCUCAUAUUAAUUGUUAACAUUGUUUUGUUACAUUAGAUUUUUUUCGACCAAUUAGCUAUUAGCAUUUGAUUUAAUUGUGUUUCAAUUUCACCUAAUUGUUAUGCUUUUAAAUAUUUUUAGUAUAUUUGACUUACAACUGAUACAGCUGAAUACAAAUGUAUUAAAUUGUUGCUUUUAAUAAUGCAAGUAUAUGCAAAUUAUUGCAUUAUUGUUUUCAGUUCUUUUUAUCCUAA